UUAGUUUGGAAUUAUUUUUUAACACUGUCGGUCGAGCUCUCGCAGAGCGCAGCAGUUUUCUGAACAAGUGCAAUUCGAAGUCCGAAGCGGGUCCGAGACGGUUUCCUUUUGUGUAUAGUCUUUUCGCUAAGAGCUUUUUUUUUAAUUUUAUUUUUUCCGGGGGAAAAACGGUUGUGACCGUACGUACGGCGAAACAUUUUCGAGUCUAGUUCAGUAAUCGAACAGAUUGUGCCGAAUUCGGGUGGAUUUUUCUCAAAUCUAAACGUGUCGCAGUUUUAGCCCCGGGCGGUAGUGUGCAAUUCAAGUGAUAAUACUGUCACACCCCGCGCGAAUCCGGCACAACCCUAUCGGAUUGAUUUCCCCCCUUCCUACCUGAAGCCGAUCGACGGCUUCCCGUCCUGAUCCUUUCCGCAGAACGAGCAAGACCAAAACAAAUCGCCAAAAUUUCAUACUAAAUCGAAAAACAAAACCAAACGGUUACCCACCACCACCCCUCCGAAAUAGCCAGCUCAACAGGAAUCAGCACGAACGGUGCUAAAAACAAAACAAAAAACUCACUAUCACACACAAACGAUCACCAUGGGCAGAGGAUCGCGAUCUUUGGUCGCGACGUUUGUGCUUUUCUUCACAGUAUUAAAGAAUGUCGACUGUGAUGCUCCCCUCGUAGAUUCGGCCGCACUGCCCCUGGAGCACAGAGCCGUCUAUGGGCCGCCAGCACCAUCACCAGUAUACGGAACGCCUGGUUUGUUGAGUGGCGGCGGCGGUGGUAGCGGCAGCAGUAUCAGCAGCAGCAAUGGUGGUGGAGACGACCCAUGGCCCCUGUCGGCCACGAACGAUAGCCCCCAGAUCAAGCAUCUGCAGGUGCAGUGCGAGAAGACGCACAUGCGCGUCAACAUCGAAUUCGAUCGACCCUUCUACGGAAUGAUCUUCUCGAAGGGAUUCUACAGCGAUCCCCACUGUGUGCAUCUGAAACCGGGUACCGGCCAUCUGAGUGCGACCUUCGAGAUCUUCCUGAACAGCUGCGGUAUGAGCAGCUCGGCGAACCACAACGCGGCCAACUUUGGAGCCCCGACUCCGUCCGGAAGCUACGUCGAAAACACCAUCAUCAUCCAGUACGACCCCUAUGUGCAGGAAGUCUGGGAUCAGGCUCGUAAGCUGCGUUGCACGUGGUACGAUUUCUACGAGAAGGCCGUCACGUUCCGUCCAUUCCAAGUCGACAUGCUACACGCUGUGACGGCUAACUUCCUUGGUGACAAUCUCCAGUGCUGGAUGCAGAUUCAAGUCGGUAAGGGUCCAUGGGCUUCCGAAGUGUCGGGUAUCGUGAAGAUCGGUCAAACCAUGACCAUGGUGCUAGCCAUCAAGGAUGACGAGAACAAGUUCGAUAUGCUGGUCCGCAACUGUGUUGCUCAUGAUGGCAAGCGUGCUCCAAUUCAACUGGUUGACCAACAUGGAUGCGUUGUACGUCCGAAGAUUAUGAGCAAAUUCCAGAAGAUCAAGAACUUUGGACCAUCCGCAUCGGUCGUGUCAUUCGCGUACUUCCAAGCUUUCAAGUUCCCCGAUUCCAUGAACGUUCACUUCCAGUGUGUGAUCCAGGUUUGCCGAUACAAUUGCCCAGAACCCAAGUGCGGCGGAGGAGACUACGGACUGCCAGCGCUGACCGGUAAUGGAAUCUCUGGAGAAUAUGGAGCUCCUGGCGCUUUGAGCGGAGAAUAUGGACCACCAUCAGAAUAUGGAGUGCCACCAGCGUACCCAGAUCCACGACACCCUUCGGACUCUUCUGGCGCAUACUCGGAGAACCAGGACAAUGUUGUACCGCCACCACAGGCUCAAACUUCAGGAAACUCAGGCGAGAACAAAGAUGGCUCCAAUCAAUCGGAUGCACCACAGCAAAAUCAAAACCAAAACCAACUGCACAAUGAGAUCCAUGACAACAUCAACAUGCCGCCACCACCACCACCUGGACAGUCGGGAUAUGUAACCGUUACCAAGCGAAAGGAUGAUAUGGCCAACGAUGGGAACCUGGUCAGCCUGGGAGGCCGUCCACGAUCGGUGGAAGGCUUGGAUGACCUGCGCGGAGUUCGACGACGACGUGAUACCAUGACUGUGGUGGUGAAACCCCGCAUCUACAAGCGUGACGCCCAGGAGAUGACCGAUGUCAACACGGAACGAAUCAUCCAGGUCGUUGCCCCGGGUGACGUGAACUUUGCACUGAACGGUGGUGCCAACAACGAGACCGUUGUGAUCCAAUCGCAACGUACCGUGGAUCCGGAAACCAUCUGCAUGUCGGUGCCAAGCUUCGUCGGUGGAUUGGUGAUGCUGCUGUUGGUUCUGGCUGUGGCCUCACUAGUCGCCGCUUUCCUCUUCGUCCGGGUGAGACACUUCGAUCGCAAAGCUAACCACAUGCCACUGUCCAGCUCACACGUGUUCCUGGUAUCAAAGUAAAACGCUUCAGCCGAUCCCUCCGCGGUGCCGCGGUUGUACACGACGAAUUGCAUGUGGAGCUUCGCUGUUCGAAUGGUUAACGUUUUGUUAGAUGCUUGUUUUAUUGGUUAGGUACGCAGUGGCAUUCUGGAUACUUGACCCACUCGCAAACGCGUGGGUUAGGCGGUCAGUUACUUGGUGAAGUUCAAUGGAAUGUGCUAGCACUGUUAGGAGCGAUUCAGCAUUCGAAAAUAGACCUUCAUUGGCCUACAAAAAAAAAAGAAAAAAAGUAACGCCAAAGCAUUCCAACGGAACUCAUUGUACACCGGUUACAUCUGUUGACGAAUGUUGAAACUAUUCUAAACCAACAAACGCUUCCUUGAAUGCAUCAACUUUCCUAGCUUCUAUCUAAUCUAUAAACACACCACACCACACCACACCACCCCUUGCUACAUCACCCAUCAAGAGGAGCUUUCCCCAGUGCACUAAUCCCUUAUCUUUUCAUCUAAAAUCCUAUCUUAGAAGAAAAUGAAAACCGCCACGCUUCUUAAAUUCCCAAGCUCCUCUUCAUCUCACACUAACCUAUUUAUGUACACGCUUAAUUUAUUCAAUCAAAAUAUCCUCUCGCCCUUGCAUCGUUUUCACACCCUCACACCUCCCCCCUUGUCUACAACCCCUGAAAAAAGAAAAGAAGAGAGAGAAAGAAAACUAAAAUGUGUAGAAUUAGCGACAACAAAACCGAUGAUUUUCAAUUCCGUCACUAUGUUGUAGGGUUUUUUUCGUGUAGCUUAUAACUAUCUAGAUCUGGAGCGAGUGAGACGGUACCCUAUUGCCAAAUCUCGCAAACCCGGAUCUAUUACCGAGUAUCUUUGAAUCUAAAGAACACUUAUUUAUUUGCUUAAAUUAUAGUUCCCUAUCCCCUAUCCCUUGCCUAUCGGUGAAUGUGUCUUCACCAAAGCCAACUACUAACUCCUCAACUUCAUCCUUCCAUCUCCGAUAUCAAUGAGAGAAUGCUAACGAACCAACUUAAAUUAUACAUAUUAGCUAGAAAUGACAACUCAGACCUCCUUUAGUCCACCCUUUCACGGUACUUUUUCAGUGACACAAACGAAAUGGCGCCCCAACACUAGUCUAGUCGCCAGAUUAAAUCCCUUCAACCAAAUCAGCGUUUAUCCCUUGAUUCCCAUCUUAUCGGAAAAAAAAAUAUUAAAGCAGUAUUUACAGGUUAGCAAGUAGCGAAAGCAUUUCGGGUUAAAUGAAAGAAACAAAAAACAAUCUGCACCAAUACAGAGACUAACAAUCUGUUACGACAAAACUGGCGCACCAGGAGAAGGAAUUCUAUUUCUAGCCCAAAUUAGAGCGAUUAGAACGUACGACUUCAUGCCGACUACCACGGACAGACAGACAGACGGUUACAAGACCUACAGUAACGCUAGGGAAAUUACAAUUAAUUAAAACUAAAAGUUAGCAAUUAGCCAACAAAUACGGAACGGAGAACGACGAAAUAUGUGUAUGAAAAUGUGAAAGUUAAAUAAUAAAAAAAAAACAAUUGAACAAUUCACUGUAUGUUAAUUAUAGACGCGACAAGUUAAUGAUGAAACAACGAGUAGGAACAACGGAAAAAAGUAUCUUUGUAAAUAUUUAUUUAAAGCGAUAGUUAACUAAUAAAGAAAAUUGAAUUGUAAAA